AUGGCGUCAACCCUGUCAUUCCUCACGGAUUACGUUUCAUCAUCGGCCGUUCGUCGACACUGGAUGUUGGUGAUUCUCCUCUUUUCACUGUUGAAUUUGGAUGUCCGCAGUAACUGUGCCGCUCAAGCCGUGCCGGUAUUACGCAUGUACCCUAUGCCCGAAAAUGGUCUGGUCAGUCCGUCUGUCCGGUCAUCAUCUCCUUUUCAACUUCUGCCAAUCAGUAAUUUUACCCCAACUGAGAAUCCUCUAGUCAGUAUCUCCCUGCCCUCACUCAGGAAUUUUUCAGAUUCAACCACCAUUCUGAAAAUCGCAUCACAACAUGACUCUUCCACCUCUUUUGUGAUUGACGUCUCGUCUCCCGUGUCUGAUAAUACUCCUCCUCUUACACAAGCAAUCCUUUAUGGAUUUAUCGGUGUAACUGUGACGAAUCUCUGCUCCCUCACUGGUUUGAUCUUCGUUCCACUUAAGCGUUUCCGAUACUACAAUAUUGUGCUGACUGUCCUGGUCAGCCUUGCCGUUGGAGCCCUUUCAACCACCGCUAUUUGCGUUCUCAUACCAGAGGCACUACGCAUGGUUGAUAUGCCAGCUGAAUUUGGAGGCCAAGGACGGUUCUAUCUAUGGAAGAUGGUGUCGAUUGUUCUCGGCUGCAUGUUUUUUUACUGUCUCGAGUACUUUUUAUUCCUGAUGCCAAAACUCUGCAAGGUCAGUCUCCUUAACCUAAUAUUUUCGUGA